AGGAGGCGGCCCUGAGAGGGUGGUACUAGUGACGCUUCGCCUGGGAUUCUGGCUCUUUCACAAGUCUGGCUGUGGCUCCUGCGGGGAAAGUGCAGCUGGUUCUGAGGGGACCCGCAGCAAUGACUUCCGUGCUGUCCUACGAAAGCUUGGUCCACGCUGUUGCUGGGGCCGCGAGAGAGGGGAAGAGAGGGAGAGAAACAUCCAUCAGUUGCUGCUCAUGCGCUUCCGACCGGGGACUGAACCUGCAGCCCAGGGCAGCGUGACAGCAAUGACAGUGUUCUUUCCUUUGGAUACAGCUCGGCUUCGGCUCCAAGUUGAUGAGAAAAGAAAGUCCAAAACUACACACAUGGUGCUUCUGGAGAUAAUUAAAGAAGAAGGCCUCUUGGCCCCAUAUCGAGGGUGGUUUCCAGUUAUCUCCAGUCUCUGCUGCUCCAACUUUGUCUAUUUCUACACUUUUAAUAGCCUCAAAGCAGUCUGGGUCAAAGGUCAACGUUCCACUACUGGAAAAGAUCUGGUAAUUGGAUUUGUUGCAGGAGUGGUGAACGUAUUGCUGACAACUCCACUCUGGGUGGUAAAUACCAGACUGAAGCUGCAAGGGGCAAAGUUUAGGAAUGAAGACAUUGUACCAACCAACUAUAAAGGUAUUAUCGAUGCUUUCCACCAGAUCAUUCGAGAUGAAGGAAUCUUGUCUUUAUGGAAUGGCACAUUUCCCUCCUUGCUGUUGGUCUUCAAUCCUGCUAUCCAGUUCAUGUUCUAUGAAGGUUUAAAACGGCAGCUUUUAAAGAAACGAACAAAGCUUUCUUCUUUGGAUGUGUUCAUCAUUGGUGCAGUAGCCAAAGCAAUUGCCACCACAGUCACCUAUCCCUUGCAAACAGUACAGUCAAUUCUGAGGUUUGGACGUCACAGACUCAACCCAGAAAACAGAACAUUGGGGAGUCUUCGCAAUGUUCUCUACCUUCUUCACCAGCGAGUAAGGCGGUUUGGAGUAAUGGGACUCUACAAAGGCCUUGAAGCCAAACUGCUGCAGACAGUCCUCACUGCUGCUCUCAUGUUCCUUGUGUACGAGAAACUGACGGCUGCUACAUUCACGGUUAUGGGGCUGAAGAGUGCACACAAGCAUUGAGACACCUUCCCCUACAGAGUGAGGAAAGGUGCUCAAGAUGGGAGUUUCCUUCCAUGAGAAGAGAAGUGAUUUCUUUUUUUACUCUUGCUCUUUCUACCGUGAAUGUUUACCCUCAUUGGCUUCAAAAGCAUUUAAGGGUAAACAUGGAGUAUAGCCAGCUGAACCUGUUUACCAACUUAAUUUUUAUGAUGGUUGGUUGAAUUUUCUGGGGAAGGUUGGACUAAUGGUCAUAUGAAGAGACAGCAUUAUUGACAACCUAAAAUUGUAAGUGUGUGUGUGUGGGGGGGGUAAUUAGUUUUCCACAAGGAGAAAGGACUGUUGCUGUCACAUGUAAUCUUUCUCCUAUUAAAGAUCUUUCUUAAAUUUA